AUAGUGAGUAGUUACGGAGCCAACAGCCGCAAGUCACGGCAACGGCACACUGUACGUCUUACGCCUCUAGACUGCAGCAAUGACACGUAGGCCCCAGCGAAGUAUGUGGGUACUAGCACUGACCGUACUGCAGCAACAGCUUGUAGCAUCCUGAACGAGUGUUGUCGCUUGCAAAGUUUGAACUGUUUCUCUUACGAUGUCUCGCGAGUCGCAACUUUCGAGCUAUACGCGAACAUCCAGUCCGCAGCGGGAAUAUAAGUCCGUACACGGCGUAUAUGCAGCGUUAGGUGUUAUUUCUCUGCGAAAUUCGCAGUCCGCCCGAAAUUCGUAAUAACUUCCCAUGGCUGUCAGGACCCUCCGAUAGAGCUCAGUAGAGACGACGAUCGUCUCCUCCACGUCAGCAGACACGUCGCUCGCUGCAGCCACCUCAUAUUCUGUACUCUGACUUCCAAAUUGCCGUGAGGACAUGUUCUGUUUUUGAGAAUUCUCAACCAGAAAGCUGACCUCCCAUGGCUGUCAGGCCACUCCAAUAGAGCUCAGUAGAGUCUGCGACCGUCCGGCGUGACGUGUACAGCUCCAGCGCAACUUGCGAUUACCGUGAACGGUAUCAAGCCGGGCCGGCGAUCCGCGAUCCGCCGUCUGGACCGACUCGCUUCACGACAGCUUCCUCCUUUUCGCGAUAGAUUUCGCAGCGAUGGACUUUGCCGUUUUAGGGACGUGCAUUCCACAGGUGGACCCCGCGCAUCGAGCCCUGGCGGCGCGGCUGAUGGGUACGACCUGCCCCACGUGCGACCGCCCCGCCGCCAUGUCGCAUCCCUGGCACCACCCGCCCCUCUUCGACCGCGCAAACCCUUCCGCUCUCCGCGAAUUCGGCCGCUGCCGCUUCGUCUGCACCGCCAGCGCCGUCCCCCCUGCCGACCCCUCCGCGCACGCCCCGCCCACGCGGAACUCCCCCGCCUCCGCCUCCGCCUCUGCCGCUGUUUCGUCCAGCACCGCUUCCGCCAGCGACCUCAUCGCGGAACGGGAGCGGCGGACGCGGGUUCGACACCUCGUUGCGGCGGAACCGGCGCUGGCGGCGCUGACCGAGCCGCUGCCCGCUGGCUGCCCCGCGCGCGGGUUUCUUCCGCAGACGGCGGUUCUAGGCGGGAGCAGUCGUAGCGAGGAACUUAACAUGGACUUAUUAAGUAGCGCGCCGCUCGAGGCGCUCGAGAUCGGGCCGCAGGCGUGUCAACGGCGCGUGGGUGACGUGUACGACGUCAUUCCGGUGCUCGCGCUGCCGGUUAAGGCUCCUAGCCGGGGGAGAAGAGGAGGGAAUAGUUUAAAUAACGCGGGGGAAGGGAAUAGGUCCGGAAGAAGGGGGACGCUAGCCGGGGGACUACUAAGGGAGAACUCUCUAACGGAGAAUUCGUCUGGGAACUACAGCGCGUGGGACGCCGAAUCGGUUGUUUCUGAUUCGGCGAGCGUAACAGGCGACGAUUCUGCUGCUGGCGGCGCGAAACAACACGUGGAGUGCUGGUGGCGAUUGGUGGUGGUCGCCGCUGACGAUCUGCUGGCGACGAACGACGAAUUGUUACUGCGGUGGUUCGCGAACACGGAUAACACGCGAAAGUUCGCCAUCUGGGCGAAGAAAGCUCACCCCGGUAGCAAGCUGAAGCUGCACGGCAUGGCAAUUCGAACAAAGGAGAGGGAGGAGGCGAAGCGAGUAACAGCGGACGCACACCGCUCGUGGCAGCUACAGUAUUCGGAUGGUUACCCUAUCUGCCGCUGCUCCUCCCUGCCACACAAGCGGCAGCAGCAGCAGCAGCCGCAGCAGCUGCAGCAGAAGGAGACAGGCGAUACGGCUUCCAAACCUGCACGUUCGGCGAAGCCACAGUCGCUGAAUCUAGGUCUGGUGAAACCGAAAUCCGCAGGGCAAAAAUGUCGUCGUCCGAGCCUAGAUUUUGGUUCGGCACCAGGGGAAGCAGCAGGCUGGGCAGAGGAACAGCGGCAGGGGGAAGGGGAGAGUAAAGUGGAAAAGAGGAGCUUUCUUGGUGCUUUAAGAGGGAGCAGGAGAGUGAAAGAGGUAGACGGUCACACAGUAAGGGAUUCGGCUUUAAGCACGGAGAACGGAUGGCCGGAUUUCGACGGGGGAGCCGUGAAUGAUCUGCCUGGUAACCAGCUCAGUCACAGUGGUGGUAACGGUAACGACAACAGGAGUGGGGACGGUAGCCGUAGUGGGAGAACUGUUAAGGAUGCCGCUGCUGGUGGUCCCAAAGGCGGCAAGGUGAAGCAUCGAAAGAAAGUGUUCAAUCGAUCGACAUCAGAUUCUGCUGCGAUGAAAGACUUAAGAUGGGCUGGGAGGAGAGGAGGGAAAGCAGGAGAAGAGGGAGGGGAGGGGGGACUGUGGCCCCCAGGCAUCGAUGCGUCUCCUGCUGCUGCUUCUGCUGCUAGUGCUGCUGGUGCCGGUGCUGCUGGCGUUCCUUAUUCUCUUUCCACCUCUGUUCUCUCCCUUUCGACAACCCCCAUCUCGUCACCCUUCCGACACUCGCCGGCCCGUCCUGCUUCCACCACUCCCACCAGCAGCACCAACAGCAGCAGCAAAGGCGGCAGUUUAACUCACAACCAAUUUGAGAUUGGUAAUCAAUUACCUGAAGCACCCUCCCACCACAACAACCACCACAGCAACUACACCAACCACAGUAACCAGCACCAUCCGCACGACCAGCACCAGCAGCACCAGCAGCACCGCCUUUCAACCCCAGAGUCCUCCCCUCAUCGCUCCUUCCGCUCCCCUCUCCGCUUCCUCCUCUCCCCAGCCCACCUCUGCUCCUUGGGCGGUAACCCCUUCCCCCCCGGGAUCAGGGGUCAGUGCGAUAGUGAUAGUGGAGGGGAGGAGUGGGGGGAUGGUGAGGGGCUGGAGGGAGGAAGAGGAGGAAGAGGAGGAAGAGAAGAAACUGGAGGGUUGAGUGGGAAGGUGCACUCCUCAAUCGACAUCUCAGCGCCUAGGCUGCAAUCCACAACCGUGUCCUCCGCGCUGCUCAUCGGCCGCAGUAAAAGCUACAGCGAGCAAGCGGUUGCUACAGCGUGUAGCGAAGCCAGUGCUAUAGAGGGUUCGCAGGACGUGGACCAGAGACCUGCCACCAGCAGUGGCAACCAGAGGGGCGGCUGGGAACAUCACCAAGGGAACUCAGAAGCAGCAAGAGGAACAGCAGCAGAAGCUAAUGCACAAGUUAAUGCACAAGUUAAAGCACAAGCUAAUGCCCAAGUUCCUCUUGCUGAUGUUCCUCUUUCUGUUCCUCUAAGCCCACGAUUACCCCAAUCCCCUCUCCUUCCAGAAUCUUGCUCUACUGGCACUACCUAUUCCACUGGUAACACCUUCCACAGCGGUAACAGCAUGGCCUGUGGUAACCACAUGGCAGGUGGUAACAGCAUGGCCAGUGGUAACCACAUGGCAGGUGGUAACAGCAUGGCCAGUGGUAACCACAUGGCAGGUGGUAACAGCAUGACACGUGGCAACACAGAGGCCAGACAGAAGCCGCGCUCUGGCCCGUUGAAGCAGCACCGUCGCAUGGCGUCCGCUGCUGCUGUGGUGCUCCAUACUCGCUCCGCCUCCCAUGCUUCUAUCAGCACCUCCCUUGCUUCCACUAACCCAGCCAUGCCUGUAGCUUCCCCCCACGCUGCUAUCGGCUCUCUUUCCGCCUCUCAUCCUCCCACCACCCCCCGCCGCUCUUCCUUUGCUUCGCUUGAUGCAUGCCAAACUGCCAAUGGUGCGUUGACUGCUGUUUCUGCUGCAUCUGGUGAUGUUUCUGGUGCUGCUGGUGCUGCUGGUGCUGCUGGUGCUGCUGGUGCCGCCGCAGCAGGUGCUACUGUCGCUAAAGGGCGGAGCCGCAAGGCUCAGUUGCUGCUGUCUCAGCCAUUAAAGCUGUUUGACAAUGCCCAGAAGCCUCAACUGCUGCUCUCUCACCCUGCAAAGCUGUUUGAGAAUCGUCAAGAGCCGCAUCUGCUGCUGUCUCAGCCUCUCAGGCACCGCCGCAAUCGCAGCAGCAACGCCCUGCCCGCUUCAUCACCUUCGAAUGCUGCUGCGUCUGCUGCUGCUGCUGGUGCCGGUGCUGCUAGUAACGAGGAAUCGCCGCGAGGGAGGGAGGACAACUUAAGGGGUAAUACAAGUAGUACUAGUAUGAGCAACAAGUUUGACUAUAACGGAAGUCAGGGCAGCACGGGUGUGACUGUAACGGGCGGGGGGAGUCCAGUCAAGGAGAUGAGGAGAGCAAGGAGUGCGGGGAGUUCAUCGGGGGGAGUGAGAGGUGCUGGUGGGAAAGAUGGAGGCGUGAAAGUGGGGGGCGUGAAAGGUGGAGGCAAAAGCUUCCAUGGCGGUAGCAGUGCUGGUUCUGCUCUUGCUUCUUCUGCUGCUGCUGCUGCUGCUGCUGCUGUUGCAUCUGUUGAUGCCGCCGCCGCCGCUGCUGCUGCUGCUUCUGCUAGUGAUUCUGGUGCUACUAGAGGCUCCGAUGCUGCUGCUGCUGCUGCUGCAUCUGUUGAUGCUGCUAACGCUGCUGCGAGAGACGCGUCUGGUUCUGGGAGAAGGGUAGUCAAGAAAGUGAAGGCAAAGAGGAGCAAGAGCACUGGGGCAGAGGAGCCAAUAUUGGUGAAGAUAGAGCAAGGGGGUCAGAUUGAGCAAGGAGAGAGAAGUCUCGCUGGGGAAGACUCGGCUCUGGAUCUGGUAGGGGAGUUUCCCCUCGUGGCUUCGGGCAGAAGCAAAAGCUCUGAGUACCGAGGAGCUGUGAGGAAAGGCGAGGGGUCGGGGCACGGGAGCCGCCGGGCAUCUGAAAUACUCCAGGCUGCCCGGCGGGCAGCAAAGCAUGCGAACAUGAUGAGGCUGGCAGAAAAAGAAGGGGCAGCAGAAACCACAGGCGGAGGAGCAGGAGCAGGAGCAGGAGGAGAAGGAGGAGGAACAGGAGGAACAGGAGGAGCAGGAGGAGAAGGAGGAGAAGGAGGAGAAGGAGGAGGAACAGGAGGAGCAGAAGGAGAAGGAGGAGAAGGAGGAGGAACAGGAGGAGCAGGAGGAGCAGGAGGAGCAGGAGGAGAGGAGAGGGCCAGUGAAACAGCAGCAGCAGCAGCAGCAGGGGAAGAGAGUACUUAUGAAGCGCCAGGAGGUGCGAGAACACAAGCAGCUGAACGUUAUUGGAUUCCUCUGAAAGUUGACCCAGAGGAAGAAGACGAGGGUGAGAAUCAAGUGUUUUUUAGAAUUCUCAAAAACACCCUGCAAAAGGAAGAAGACAAGGGUGAGAACACAGGCGGCACAACGUCAGCAGAUGCAGCAGCAAGAAACCCAGUGGGGCACUCACCCAAAGGGGGAGGCAAGGUCACUCGGAAGAAGGGAUUUGAGACGCCUCAAACCGCUUGUGGCGCGAAAACUCCACGGGGGAAGGGCAAGAGGGGAGUUUUGAACCGAGGAGGGGAUGCGAACGUCCCAGAUGCCCCGGUUGAAUCAACGGUGGUUACACCAGCAGUGGUUACAUCAACAGGGAGUAAAGCACCCUCUGGUAGGGCAACAGGGGGAUUAUAGCGACCGCUGCUGACCCAACUGCCAUUUUUGCUGCAGCUCCAGAGAUCUCCCUCCUUGCCUCCCCGUCGGCCUCUCCCUCUGCCUCCUCCUCCUCUUCCUCCUCUUCUGCCGCCCCGUUCCAAAAGGCAAACACCGCUCCCUCCUCUCAAGUCUUGUUCGAACUCGACCGCCGUGCGGAAAAAGAUUCACUUGGAGUCUCAGCUGUUUCAGAGGAGCGGGGAGGGGUCUUCGAGAGAAGGUCCACUGAAGGAAGGAAACUGGAUGGUGUUAGGAGGGCAGAUGGGAUAGAGCAUAGGGGCGUGGCAGGGGAGGGGGUAGGCCAGAGGGCGAGAGGGAGAGGCAGUGGGGGUACUUCUCCUGCUGCUACUACUGCUGCUGCUGCUGCUCCCUGUGCUCCUGCUGCUGCUGCUGUUGCAGCGGCAACUGCCUCCCGCCGCUCCUCAUCCCCCAUACUAGCUGCAGCCAUGCGGGCAUCAGCCACCCUGGAGCUCCAGAAGCAGCAGCAGCAGCAGCAGAAGCAGAGCCUCAUGGCCGCUAGAAACCGCCGCUUCCCCUCCUCAUUCCAGGCUUCUCCACCCGCCUCCUCCUUCUUCUCUGUCCCCCUCUCCACCAACACCACUGCCAGUCUUAAAUCAUCCUCCUUUAGCUCCUCAAUCCCCUCGAUUCCCUCUCCCUCCUUGCUUUACUCUUCCUCCUUCACUCCCUCCUCCUCCACUCCUCAUGUAACCAUUUCCCAGUCAGCCUACAGCACUCCUGCCGGCUGCACGCCCGUGUCUCUCACUCCCGCGGGCUCCGGGAUUGGCCGGCUGUCGAGCGAUCUCGGCCCUUCGUUCGGGUCAUCGGAUCUCGCUGCUGCUGUGGCAGCUGCCGCUGCUGCUAGCGCUGGUAGUGGCCGGGUGCGCGCAAGGGCGAGGGGGGGACGAGGCAGUGGUCCCUCGCCGUUUGUGACCCGUGCUGCUGCGACCAUGCAGAGAAGUGCCGUGUGCCAACGACAAUACAAUGGCAGUGGUGGCGGUGCUGCUGCUGCUGCUGGAAAGGAAUGGAGCGAUGGGACUCGAAAUAGCGACUAUGGGUUGGCUGAUUUCAACAGCAAUGGCUUCGGUAAUAUGAGCGGCAGCAGCAACAACACUUACAGCAACGAUUGCAGCAGCGAUUACAGCAACAACAAUUACAGCAACUCUAACAGCAACCACCCUCAGCCGAGCACCGGCGACUACGAGACGACGGAUACCGGCCACACGGCAGCUGUCUUCCGGCGAAAAUCCGUCUUGAAGAAGCCUUCCAAUGUGCAAUCAGCUGCACCUGCUUCCAAUUCCUCAACCAUGCGUCUCUCUCCCCGCUCCCACACCACUCUCCUCUCUCCUCGCUCCCCCACUACUCUCCUCUCUCCCCACUCCCCCAACACUCCACAGUCCCCCACCCCGCUUCAACCCCGUACUCCUCCCCUUUCCCCUCCGUCCACUGCCCAUACCACGACCGUUGCCACUGGAAAAGGUGCAACCUCGUCUUCUUGUCAGCCUGGCAAGAGCGGCACGACGACCCGUAACACCACAUGCGGAAAAAAGGAGGAUGGCGGUGCGAGUAACAAGCAGUGUGUCAUGGGUGGUGAGACGAGGCGUACAAAGGAUGGAUCUCGCAUGGGGGAGACUAGCUGGGCAAGUAGUAGCGGCUCUGGCACUGGUCCUCACAGCCCUCAUGUACCUCCACUUAUUCCUAUUGCCAAGCGUGUUACACGGGUAACUCGAGCUGUAAUUGCGCCUCAGGGUGUAUAACGUACUCCUACGUACCUGGAUUUGAUGAAACUUGGUAUUUACGAAAAUUAAUCAUUGUCGCAACA